AACUCUUUGAAAUGUCAAAUAGAGAUUUAUGCAAAUCCCACGAUUCGUUAAGAUUAAGUGGUGAACGCUCACUCAACUUCACUUUCUCCGCUUCAUCGUUGCAAAGCAUGGUGGUCCCUCCCCUAUACGAAACUCUUUGUGAAAAACUUGUUGGGACUUUUUUCCUCCCUUUCCCUUAAACGUCAAGUGUAAUUCACACCAAGGGCUUCGACUCUGAGCUCUCCCUGUCUUGAAGGUGGAGCAGAUAUGAGAAGAAACGGACUAUCAGCCCAUCCAGCAGAAAACCCUCUGAGAUGAAGUAACUUUUAGACGGUUCUUGCUUAUAUAACAAGCAUCUGUUUGCGGACUGAACAUCUCCAUCAAUCGAAUGAUAGCAGGGGUCUCUCUGCAAUGGGCCCGGUACCCUUAAUGCUCCUGCUUUGCGUCUCAGCACUGGCUGUGCUGGUGUCUGCAGCACUGGACGAUCUCACAGGUGAAGAUGACUACACCUGGCCGCAGAGAAAAGUACCACUGGUGCAAGAAAAGCAAACGGUGCAACUGGGAAGUUCUGAGUUUUUGGCCAAGCCACAAACUGAGCUCCAUGGAAUAUGUGGCAUUGAGUGCCAGCAGGGUUUCCCAGAGCCCAGCCUGGACGAUCUGGAGCAGCUACUGUCCUAUGAGACCAUGUACGAAAACGGAACCCGCACACUCACCACCGUCACAAUACAGGAGCUAAAUGUGAGCAACGACUUGAUGGGAGGUUCUGGGUCACAUAGUCGGCGCAGGCGAGAAGUCUAUGGCACGGACACACGGUUUACCAUCGCUGACAAGCAGUACUCUUUGAAGUAUCCAUUCUCCACAUCUGUGAAGAUCUCCACAGGGUGUUCUGGAGUGCUCGUGUCCCCCAAACACGUCUUGACUGCCGCUCAUUGCGUCCACAAUGGUACAGACUACCUGGAUGGGGUACAGAAACUCAGCGUUGGUGUGCUGAAAGAACGUUCCCGUCGGAAAGGGAAGGGACGGAAAGGGAAAGGACGGAAAGGGAAAGGCCAGAGGAAGCGUAAAGAAGAGGAGGAGGAUGAGGAAAUCAAUGAAAAUAUAGAGAUUGGAGAGAAGCAGGAGCCUAAGAGAAAAGGCAAAGGCAGAAGAAACCGUAGUCGCCGUAGCACCACCUCCGAACAGCCUUCGUUCCGAUGGACCCGAGUGAAACAGAUGCAGGUGCCAAAGGGCUGGUUUAAAGGGAUCUCGGAGAACAUUGUGGCUGAUUAUGACUACGCCAUCCUGGAGCUUAAACGGGCACAGAAGACUAAGUACAUGGAUUUAGGUGUUAUCCCCUCUGUCAAGAAGCUGCCUGCAGGACGUAUCCAUUUCUCUGGAUUCGACGACGACCGGCCAGGCAACCUGGUGUACCGCUUCUGCUCCGUGUCUGAGGAGUCCAACGACCUGCUGUACCAGUAUUGUGACGCCAAACCCGGCUCCAGCGGCUCGGGUGUCUACAUUCGGCUCAAAGAGCCUGGCAAGAAGAAGUGGAAGCGGAAGAUCAUUGGAGUGUUCUCUGGUCACCAGUGGGUGGAUGUUAAUGGGAUGCAGCAGGAUUACAACGUGGCCGUGCGAAUCACACCCCCUAAGUACGCACAAAUCUGCCUCUGGGUCCAUGGGGACUCCAGCCAGUGUCGGGGCACCUGAGAGACUCCAUCAGCGGCCCAUCUGAUUGCCUCUGUCCAACAACCCUUGUGC